AUGAAGUCUAUAAAAGGUCUCAGCGUGAAUAAGAUGCUGGGGAGCAUCAAGAAGAAGGCAAGCUGGAGUGCCAGUGGCCCAUCGGCCUCGGCGGCGACCCCAGCAGAAAACCCGGAAGUGACUGCCCACAACAGCGUGAAAGCCUUCUGCGAGUCUGGCGGGAAUUCCAAGUCGAAUGAGGUUCUUUUUCUUCCUCCCAUUGUCGAUGCUGCAGAAUCUUCCCCGGCCGCCGCAGCGGAAUGCGCUCGAGUGAUUCGCAAGUAUCUGAGCAAAGACUAUACCUCGAAGCCAUCAUGGCAGUACAACGCCAUCAUGCUGGUGAGGAUUCUGACGGAUAAUCCGGGCGAGACGUUUACGCGAAACCUCGAUGAUAAAUUCAUCGAUACCAUUCGCGCCCUGCUGAAAAACGUAAAGGACCGCAGUGUAUGGCAGUUACUGAUGGAGACUUUGGAUGACUUUGAGCACACGAAAACGCUGGAUGAGAACCUGGCUCCGCUGGUUCUCAUGUGGAAAAGGGAAAAGGAGGCUGCCAUCAGAAAGCAUGGGGCCAGAGCACCCCCAACUGGCCCCAGGCCGCCUGCCAUGAGUCAGCCUCCCGACAGACACAUGCAGAACUACUUUGCCAAGGCUCAUCAUAACAACCGUCUACCCGACCCCGUCGAGCUGACGUCGAGGCUAGAAGAAGCGCGAACUUCGGCAAAGCUUCUGGAACAAGUCGUCAUGAACACUCCGCCCGGCGAAAUGUUGCAAAACGAGCUGAUAAGAGAGUUUGCCGAUCGCUGCUUGAGCGCAUCUCGCAGUCUUCAGGGAUACAUGGUCUCGGAGAAUCCCUCACCCGACAAUGAUACGAUGGAGAGUCUGAUUGACACAAACGAGCAACUGCAGACGGCCCUCAACCAACACAAGCGCGCAGUUUUGAACGCGCGCAAACAGCUUGGACUAGGGGCAAGUCCCGCCGACGAUGCGCGCGCCGUUGCGCCAGACCACUCCGAGAACGAGAGCCAACAACGGAGCCACGAUGUCGAUGCUGGACUGAUGUCUGGCGGAGCAAGCACAGGUGACGCGGCAAGCGGGAAAGGAAAGCAGGGCGACUCGCACGACCAGGCAGGCAGAAACGGCACGGCGGUUGGAUCCAGCUCCCGGCAGUCGCCGACCGGCGGUGCCGCCCAUGACCCUUUCGCAGACCCGGGACCGUUGGAGCCAAAGCACGCUGCGCAGAGUUGCUCAGAGUUCGGGCCCGAGGUUCCGCGCGAACCGUUCCACGCAGGCUUCGGCGGUCCGCUGUCAAGCCACAGCGUCGUGGUGAAUGGCGUGGGCGACUCCAACUCGUCCAACUCGCGUGGCGGGAUCGGCAGACCACGGGCAGGUCACAACCGGCCCCUGGACGCGUCUGACGAGGACGACAUCUACGACGCAACGCCAAAGGGGAAAGGCCCUGUCGAAAGGCAUUAG